AGGCAGCGGGUGUCUCUCGACCCACCAGCGCUGCCUCUCUCUCCCAGCCAGCUGAGAGCAGCGUCGCGCUCGGGAGCUGAUCCAGGAUUUGAGAAGAGGAGAAGACGAGGAGACAUCGCACCCGACAAAACAUGCAGAUGCUCGGGGUCCUGUCUUUGCUGUUUUGGCUUGUUUUGAGCCACCCUUCUGCUCUUGGCGGAAAAGUAAACAAGCAUAAGCCAUGGAUAGAGGCGUCUUAUCAUGGCGUGAUCACAGAGAACAUGGACACGGUGAUGUUGGACCCUCCGUUGGUGGCACUCGACAAGGACGCCCCAGUCCGCUAUGCUGGGGAGAUUUGCGCCUUUAAGAUCUUCGGCCAGGAUGCUCCAUUUGAAGCGGUGGUGCUGAAUCGUACAUCAGGAGAAGGUGUCCUGAGAGCCAAGAGCUCUGUGGACUGUGAGAUCCAGAAGGAGUACACCUUUAUUAUCCAGGCUUUUGACUGUGGAGCUGGGCCCAGCGGGGCUGACUGGAAAAAAUCCCACAAGGCUGUGGUUCACAUCCAAGUGAACGACGUCAACGAGUUCAGUCCCAUUUUUAGAGAGUCACUGUAUAAGGCAUCAGUGACUGAAGGCAAGAUCUACGACAGCAUUUUACAGGUGGAAGCUUGGGACCAGGACUGUUCACCGCAGUACAGCCAGAUCUGCAACUACGAGAUUGUCACUGCAGGGACGCCUUUUGCCAUUGACCGUAAUGGUAAUAUCAGGAACACAGAGCGACUGAGCUACGAAAAACAGCAGAGCUACAAGAUUUUGGUGUCUGCCUAUGACUGUGGCCAGAAGAAAGCCAAGAAGGAUGUGGUGGUUCAUAUUGAAGUCAAGCCUGUCUGCAAACCCGGAUGGCAAGACUGGACCAAGCGGGUGGACUAUGAGCCAGGGACUGGGAGCAAGCAGCUGUUUCCCAAGAUGCGCUUGGAAACAUGUGGCGGUCCUUUGUCCGGUGUGAAGGCGAUGGUGGAGCUGCAGACAAAUCACAUUGGGAAGGGCUGCGACCGUGAAACCUACUCCGAAAAGUCUCUGCAAAAACUCUGUGGUGCAGCAUCAGGCAGCACCGACCUCCUUCCCGCCUCCAGCCCUUCCACCAACUGGACCGCGUCUCUGCUCACUGACAGUGGACGAGACAGUGACCUCAUCUACAGAUUUGACGGAAGCCAGGCUGCAAAUCUACCAGAUUACGUGGUGCCUGAAAACCUGACGGACCAGUUUACAAUAGCAACGUGGAUGAAACACGGGCCCAGUCCUGGACUAAGAGCUGAGAAGGAAACCCUGCUGUGCAACUCGGAUAAGACGGAGAUGAACCGACACCAUUACUCUCUUUACGUUCACAACUGCCGGCUGGUGUUCCUGCUCAGAAGAGAUUUUACACAGAUCGACGCUUUCAGACCCGCUGAGUUCCACUGGAAACUGGAGCAGAUCUGUGACAAAGAAUGGCACUAUUAUGUGAUAAACGUGGAAUUUCCUGCAGUGACGCUGUUUGUGGACGGAGUGACCUAUGAGCCCUACCUGGUGACGGAUGACUGGCCAAUCCAUUCCUCAAAGCUUAAUACACAGCUGACUGUGGGCGCAUGCUGGCAAGGUGGCGAGAUAUCGACCCCAAGGUUUACUCAAUAUUUUCACGGCAGCCUUUCAGGUCUGACAAUCCGACCGGGCCGUAUUGAAACCCAGAAGGUUAUUUCAUGCUUGCAGGCCUGCAAGGAAGGCCUUGAUAUUAACUCGCUUGAAAGCCUGGCUAAGGACAUAAAGUUUCAUUUUAACCCGGCACAGUCGGUGCUGGUGGUGGAAGGAGGGGAUGUGGACAGCAUCAACUCGGCCAUGACAAAAGUCUCGUACAUCAACUCUCGCCAGUUCCCCACACCAGGGCUGCGACGGCUACGAAUCACCACCACAGUACAGUGUUUUGGAGAAGACACAUGUCUCUUCAUCCCAGACAUCAAGGCAGUGGUGAUGGUGCUGCCGCCCAGUGAACCCAGAAUCACCAUUAUAGGAUCUAACCAAAUCAUCCGGCCUGCCAGUGACUUCCGCGGCCCGCUGGGCGUGGCACCGUUCAAAGAGCUCCGCAUCACCAGCACCGUGAUGAAGGGAGACAGCUAUGGUGGAGCCCGCAGGCCUGGUGUGAUGGAGGUGAUGCAUAACCUGGAUUACUGUGAUGUGCUUGUAAUUGGGGAGGAACUGAAUCCUGAGAGAGAGAGUCUGGGGAUUCAUCACAGCGCUCUGUUGGGAAAACACCUCGAUGCCACCAACUCUACCUCUGGAAUAUCAAUUUAUGGCGUGGACUCCAUGUCUCACUAUGAGCAGGCACUGAGACAGUUGCGCUACAGGAACUGGCGACCUGCCACUCUGGCUGAGAGACGGUUUAGACUCACCUGCUCUGAACUUAACGGGCGUUACACCAGCAACGAGUUCAAUUUGGAGGUCAGCGUAGUUCACCACGCAGUGCCCGUGGAGCAUGUCAAUCAUAUGGCUGCACAGUCCCAGUACAUGAGACCGAUCCAUCACCCACUCAUGAUCCACACCUUCAACUCGCACAUGCCAGGAGCAGCACCUCCUGCUGCCACAGCAGUUAUUGUGGUUUGCAUCGCUGCCCUAGUGAUUAUUGUGGUGAUCGGCAUCUACAAAAUCCACACCACCCAUCAGGAAGGGUCCAGAGAGGAUGAAGAUGAAGUCAAAGAUGCUGAGAUGGACUGGGAGAACUCUUCGCUCAACAUCACCAUCAACCCCAUGGAGGACAUAAGAGGACCCCAGGCGUUCGGAGAGACACGAAGAGAAGGAGAACAUGAGGAGGAGGAAGAAGAAGAGGAUGUUGAGCUGGUGGGAGGCGUGACAAUUGCUGAGUCAGAUAACAGUGAUGAAGAGGAGGAUGAGGAAGACAAAGGAAGAGGAGAGGUUGAUGGGAGGAACCAGAAGGGAAAAUAUGAGUGGGACAGUUGCUCUGUAACAUACUGACAAAACACACAAACAUAAUGAUACAUCUACACAAACACACACAAAUAUUGCAGACAUUCCUAAAUCCUAAGAGCAGAUUCAGCACACAUGGGGGCAAGCAUAAAAUCUAACAUGAAUUAACUUAAAAUCUGCUGCCGGAAAAUCAGCUGAAUCCACCCAUGUUUUUAUUUUUAAACAAACAGCUCCCUCUGCUGGACAACAUCCAGCAUAGCCGAGUCAGCUGCAGUCCCACACUGCUGGAAAACUGGAUUUCUAUUCACACCACAUUCAAUGAGGCACAACAUUUAUAAACACAUUUAAAAAAGCACAGUCAUCUCAUUUACUUUUGUACGAGCUCAGAUAUGUCUGGAGUUUUGCUGGUCCCUGAAAAUUGAAACACAUUUUUGAUCCAAAACAUUUAAUACACUUGUCCUCCGAGUGCUUUUAUUUUAGUUAUCUCCACAACAAUUAUUAACAGCUACAUGUAUCCACAUAUGCAUCCACUAGAACAUGUACCCAUAAACUCUUGAGGUGUAACUCCGACCAUCUCAGUAGUAGGUAUGACAUAGCUGUGCUGCAACCUCUGAUGUCGUCUCUAGUCGGACACCUUCCUGUCAUUGAUGUCUGUGUGAUCAGUGUCUCGUUUCUCCAUAAACAGUGAUGAGCUUCUGUUAGAACAAGUGAUGUCUAAGCAUAAAGAGUCCUCGUUUGACACGAGUUGCAUACAGUGCAAAGAAGAACGAUUUAUUGUUGCAUAUUGUCCACCUUUACUUGUUCUGAAGUGUUUAAACGCUAGAAGGACCACUUCUCCAUCAUCCAUUUCAGAAAGCUGAUUGUAGUUAAAAUGCUGUUUGAAGAGAGUCAGUGGUCUUUGAAAGCAUUUUUACUAGGACCACAUCUGUCCAUACUGUAUUCUAAUUGAGACUUUGUUGUUUGGUCAUUAAUCACUUCCUGUCUUCUUUCUGCAAACCUUUACAUCACCUCUCCCUCUUUGAUCAGAGCGUUAUAUGGUACAUGGUAGUGAGUGUAUGCAACAGAGUUAUUAUGUAUCCAUUUUCCUUUUAUUAGCUGUUGUAAAAGGAGCCCUCUAUGCAACUAUGGGCCUUGUGUAGGAAACUAGUUAGAGGUAGAUUAAAGGAACUGAUUAUGCAGAUGCUCAUACUCUGGUAUGUACAGGAGUGAGCUGUCAAACCUGCCACGCACUUGCCCAGAUGCAACUUCCACAACUCUCUCACGCUGACUUAGAUCGGAUAAAAAUCAUAAAAUAAAAGAAAUGUUGCCCUGCAGAAAAUGUCAAAUGUAACAAGCAGCGAUUGGGGUUUGUGUGGUUUUGUGUUGAAUUGAAAUAUUUCUUAAGUAUUUUGUUUACUUCCUGUUUGCAAAGAAUCAUAUAAGUCAUGUGACUGAGGUACCGGUGAGGUGUAGCUCAGUCGUGACCGAGACGUAGCCUGCUCAAAAUUCUCCUCCACGCCUCACUCACCAUUUCAGUUUGUUCAUGUGGACAGUUACUUUAAAGACUCUCUAUGCAGCAAUAACACUUCUCACCACAUGUUGGCAGAGAUCUGUUCAGCUGACUGUAAAGCCACUGACCAUCCUGUCUUAGUUCAGUUCAAUUGUAUUUAUAUAGCAUCUAUUACAACAGAAGUUGUCACAAGUGCUUUCCAGAGACCCAGAACAUGACCCCGAGUAUUUUCUACUUAAACAAUAGCGGGUAAAAACCUUAAACCAAACAGUGGCAGAGUGCUGCUUAAGGUUUCUUGAGAUUAUUUCACCUGCUGAAGGUCUGCUGGGUAGAGCAAGGACAGGGGGAUAGGAAAGAGGGGAUGAAGAACAGAAAGGCCCAGCAAUUUUGUCAAAGGUACAAAAAAGACCAGAUAUAUUAGAUAUAUUAGUAUUAAUAGUAAUAGUAUUAUUAGACCAGAUAUAUUAGCAUUAAUUAUUUGUUAGCAGGAUAACUAAGAGUUCUAUGUACAUGUGACUACAUGGUUAGUUGAUGUUGAUACUUAUAAUAACUGAAAAAGGAAGAGAAGGAGGAGUGAUGGGCACCGCUCAGUGGAUCAUGUUGGUGUCCCCCUGCAGCGUAGGUCUAUAGCAGCGUAUCUACGAUGAAUCUAUGACGAGCUGCUCUAGUCUUGUCCUGCAGCUGCAGCUGUGACUACUGGCCCACUGAAGUUUAGAUCAACUAGAGGCUUUACUAAACAGAAAGGUUUUAAGUUUGGUUGUAAAGGUGGAGGUGGUGUCAGCCUCCCUAACCCAGAUUGGAAGUUGGUUCCAUAGUAGUGAUGAUGUGGGGCUUAUGAGUGAGGACCGUCUAGCAUGUCUGGUAAUACUAUUUUGACCCACUUGAGGCACUUUGUUGCGUUUUACACCAUGAGCAGGUACAUGAUGUGCUGCCCACAUGUGGUCAGAAGUGGCAUUGCUUCACAGAGUGGCUUUAAAGCAAACAUGUCGAUGUCCUCAAAGUUACAGGUGACCCUAACUGUGUUUGAUCUGAUGUAAUACAAUAAAAAUAUAUGUUAUAUUAUUGAUGGAAUCAUUGUUUUCAAUCAACUCCACGUUGUUGCCAAUGUUUCCAAAACUGCAAGGUAAUGUAGACACUUUAGAUAUUAAUUAUUACCCUUGUAAUAACAGAUCAAAGAUCCAGUGUGUUUGACGUGGCGACACCCCCAAAGUUCUGGAGCUGCAACAAAAGCCAGCAUUUGCUUUUUUACCUCUCACCUGACCUCCUACCCCCACCCCAUACAGCUUAAAAGUACAUAUGAUUGUGAUGUCAUCUUUGUGAAUCAGCUGCCAUGUUUCUAUCAAACUACUGUACUUGUUAUU